AUGGUAUCGACUCGCUCCAACCCCGUCGCCUCGGUCGUCCAGAGCUCCGAAAAGGCCUCCCGCAAGCACAAACGUACCCCGCCCGGCCUGGUCGUGUCGGCCCCAGGCAAAGUCAUCCUGUUUGGCGAACAUGCUGUGGUCUAUGGAAAGACGGCUAUUGCUGCGAGCCUCGGUCUUCGCUCGUAUCUCUACAUUAACGAGAGAUCGGAUGAGAAGAUCCGGCUUCAUCUCCCAGACCUCAAACUGGAGGAGGAAUGGUCCCGAAGCGAUCUGGUCGCCAUCAAGGCUCUGGCCAGCAAAGAAGGUGCAUCGACGUCCGAGAUCGACCCGACCAUCCGCGACGAGAUCGCAAAGCUGCUGACCAAAGUUACCGAUCACAACGCCAUCCAGGCCGUACUGGCCUUUCUGUACCUGUUUGUCUUCCUGAGCGAUGAGAGACAAGAGGGAAUCGACAUUGCCUUCCGGUCGUCGCUCCCAGUCGGUGCUGGGCUCGGCUCAUCGGCCUCCUUCAGCGUGUGCGUUUCAACUGCGCUGUUGCUGCACUACAAGCACAUGCAGUCCUUCGGAGAUUUCAAGGUGAAGCUGUCGCUCGACAAUCGCAAGGUGAUCAACGACUGGGCUUUUCUGUCGGAGAAGAUCCUGCACGGCAAUCCGUCGGGCAUUGACAACGCCCUGUGUACUUAUGGCGGUGCGCAGAUGUAUACGAAAGGCAGCAUGAAAGUUCUUGACGGAUUCACCUCGCUGCGCUUCCUGCUCACCAACACGAACCACCCGAAAAACACCAAGGUGCAGGUGGAGAACGUGCGGCUCAGAAAAGAAAAGUUUCCGGAGCUGAUGCAGCACGUCAUCGACGCCAUCCAGAACGUCAGCGACCGUUUCAAGAGUCUCUUCAGCGCUGGCAAUAAGGACUUGACACAAGCCAUCUUUGAGGAUAUCGAGGCUUUGAUCGAUAUGAACCACGGGCUUCUCGUGAGCGCCGGUGUGAGCCACCCAACACUCGAGUUGGUCCGCCAGAUCACCACAGGCCACGGGCUCCACUCCAAGCUCACAGGUGCCGGAGGCGGUGGAUGUGCUCUCACCCUCCUGAGACAGGACACGCCAGCGUCCAAGGUCACCAAGGUCACCAAGGACCUGCAGAAGCAGGGCUUUAGCUGCUUCGAAACCUCGGUCGGAUGCCAAGGCGCCACCGCCUCUUUCUUGGACUCGGAGGAUUGGAGCAGCACCGACGUCGACGACUUUCUGAACAACAAGUCGUGGAGACAGCUCGAGACGCUGCUUUAG